AUGCUCGAACAGUUUUUGAGUGAAUUGUCUACACUUCCAAAAGAUUUGGCCAAAAAUUUGUCGGGAAUUCGUAAAUAUGAUAAAGAAUGUCAGAAACGUUCAGCAGAGAUUGAUCAGAAAUUAAGGAUAUUCGUGGAUUCAUGUCAGAAAAUGACAAAAAACUCUGCAGUUUCGUUUAACAAAGAAAUUAUGGCACUUUUCGAUGAAAUUGAGCGUUUGUCAAAUGAAAAGAUUAGAUUGGCGUCAGAUACAUACGAACUUGUCGACAAACACAUCAGGCAUUUGGAUAAUGAGUCCGUGAAGCUUCAAGCUUUGAUAAAACAAAGACAUCCAGAUGUUGCUGCGCAACCUAUGACAUCUGUAACUGCAGGAAAUAAUGAUGAAGUGCAAGAUCGAAAACGCAAGUGGAUCUCGGGACGCAGGAGUAAAAAAAAAAUUAAGGAUGAUAUUUGGGCGCAGAAAGAUAAAGUUCUCACAACCACGCCACUGGCAUCUCUCAUGGAAGAGUCACCAGUAAUGGAAAUGCCUGUUGAUCCUGACGAACCUACAUACUGCACAUGCCAACAGGUUUCGCAUGGUCAGAUGAUAAUGUGUGAUAAUAAACAAUGCGCCAUUGAAUGGUUCCAUUUCCAAUGCGUCGGUCUUACAGAAGCACCUAAGGGAAAAUGGUUUUGUGAGCGGUGUAGUGAGCAACGGAAAAGAAAAAGUUCUACUGUAAGCAGAUAG